AUGAUUGAACAGAUUCGAAACAGGAAUAAGAAGAACAAGACAACUUCUGAUCAGUCUCACGAAGAUGACUCCAACAACAUUGGAGAUGGGUCCAACCCCACCAACCAAGAUGUCGAUGCCACCAGUGGUGGUAGCACCACACCCACAAAGGCAAAGAAGAAGAUGACAUUGACAUUGAGAAGUUUCAAGAAGAAAGGUUCAUCAUCAUCAGAGAGUGUAGUGGGAGAUAAGGAGGAGACAGAGAUUGAGAAGCCAGAGAAGCCACAGAAGCCAGAGAAACCUGAAAAGUCUAGCAAGAUGGAUAAACAACAAAAGAAGUCAAACAAGGUGGAGGCGAAUAUGACAUUCGAUAUAUCGGCACCAAAGUUGACCUUCUCAACAAGUGUCGCUGACUCUCCAUCGUCAACAUCACCGCCAUCCUCAUUGUCAACAUCACCUGCGAUCAACUCUGGCCAGUGCUCACCAAACUACUACCAUCAAGACAACAACAACAACAUUCAACAUCAUCGCCAACAUAGUAAUGGAGGCAACACACCAUCUUCUUCACAAUCACCGCCACACAUGUCGGUGUCUCCGCCAGCCAUUCAACCAAGACUCUCGCCAAGACCUCUACCCGAACCACAUCCAGUAUCACCGUCUCUGAUCUCUGGCGAGAAACCACCAGUGGUGCCCAGGCGGCAAACAAUCUCAUUGACCACUUCCCCUGUGUUGGCGCCACCUUCCGUGGCGCCCAGGAAGAUGCCCACCCCUCCAGGUCGGUCACCAGUCUCUGGCUCCACGACGCCACCUCUGCAUCCUUCAUCGAACAUCACACUACAACCAUCCCCUGCUCCUGUUACUGCGCCAUCAAUGGCCAAUCACAAGAAGAAGGUAUCAGACCUCAUCUCUCGCUACAACACAAAUGACGCGAAUGCUGCGGGUGACCUGGCGGCUCAUCCACCAACUAGUCCACAAGCAAAGCCACAUGUACCGGCGCGACCAAUGUCAAUGAUCGUCACGGCAUGCGACAUUCAUUCAUUACACACUCAAUCGAGCAACACAAGCGUUGGCAGCAGCAAUGACAGCGUCAGCAUGAAUAGCAGUAGCGGCUCAGUCGACAGCGAAUACAGACGCACCAUGCGACAAAAGAUGUUUGCAAGGAAGACUGCAUCAAUGUCCCUGCGCAACGAAGGUGACCCCGAAGAAAUGGAUGACGAGUAUGAUGAUGUGAGCGAGGAAUCUCCGACCAUUGGCGCAAGCUUCAUGGAUCCAUCAAUGUCAAGUGGCUCAUCGAUAUCACUCUACGAGGAUGAUCCAAGCGCAAUGGCAACAACGACAAUGACCGCCGCCCCCACCGCGACCAAGAAGAAGGGAUUCUUUGCCAAGCGAUCAACUGUGGCAACCGACCAGAUCGACCCCAAGGAGCUGAUCAUCGAGCGACUGGCCAGCAUCGAGCCACUCAUCUCGCGUCGAUCAACAUUGCCAGCGAUCAACAACGACACAUCCACAAACAAGGUGGUCAAGGAGCUGAUCGAGACUGAGGCCGACUAUUUGGACGACCUGCAGAUCCUGAUCGAGUACUACAAGAGUGCAAUGGUUGAGUUGUGUCCAACAGUGUCCUCACUCAAAGAGGAAGACAUCAACCAAGUAUUCUCCAACAUUGAGGAGUUGUACCAAGUCAACACGCACCUAUUCAGCUCACUGGUCGAGAUGAUACCUCACAUGGACUACAAUGAGUAUCCCAUAGUUGACACAAUCUUCUUCAAUCAUACCAAUGCCCUUUAUAAGUAUGGAGCGUAUCUGUCAUUGCAAGAACAGUGUAACAAGGUGUUGACAUCAUGGGAGAACAGUUCACAUCUGUCUCCAUUUUUAAAUAGUAUUAAAUCAUUACCAUGUGUCAAGUCACUCAAUAUCUCAUCAUAUGUAAUCAAGCCAGUGCAAAGGCUGUGUAAAUAUCCAUUGUUGCUCAGAGAACUGAAGAAAUCAGUACCAGAAGAGGAUGAACAUUAUAGAUCAUUCGAAAGAGCUGCCAAGCUUAUGGAGAAGAUCGUAUCGGACAUCAACAACAGGAUAAAGAAUGAAGAAAAGAUUGCAGAGAUCAGAGAUGUCAUUGGCAAGGAGCAUGAUGAAUUAAUAAUGAACAAGACUUUGAUCAAGGAGGGCAAACUCAAGUUCUACAAGAACAGUGAGACUAAAGGACAUGACGCGACUAUUUAUUUAUUGGAUGACUAUUUAUUAUUCUACAGGUCUGCCUUUAUGGCCAAGAACAGACUGUUUGCCAUUCAUUUGGCGUGUGUAAUAGAUGUAAAGGAUGUUGAGAAACAGACAAAGAGUGGCUUGGAAAUAAUGUAUCAAUCAAAUGAGCAAGUGCUGCGACAGGUUGUUGCCGCGGACAAUUAUGCAGACAAAUUGCUGUGGAUCAGAGAUGUCGAGGAUGCUGUACAUGCUUAUCGAGUCCUAUCACAGAACUGGACACUACAACAGCAGGAGAGUAGCAACGAGUUAUCAUCUGCUGGACAACUUCACUAUCAGCAUCAUCAAUCAGAUGCAUUCAAUGAAUGA